GGACUGGUGAGAAGUAGGGCUGGUGGAAGCUUUAGAGAAGAGAAGUGGAAGGUAUCGGGGAACAAACCUGGAGUCAUGCAGGUUCAGUCUUCAGGUCCACAUUGCAAAUCCUCCAUUUUUGUCCUCAAUGAAAGAUGUGUGCUGGCAUCCAAAAUGGAAAUCCAUCGUGAACAGAGUAUCUGCCAGGCACGAGCUGCAGUUAUGGUGUACGACGAUGCCAAUAAGAAGUGGGUGCCAGCGGGAGGCUCGACUGGCUUCAGCAGAGUCCACAUUUACCACCACACAGGAAACAAUGCCUUCCGUGUCGUGGGCCGCAAGAUCCAAGAUCAUCAGGUGGUGAUAAAUUGUGCCAUUCCCAAGGGGCUGAAGUACAACCAGGCCACACAGACCUUCCACCAGUGGCGGGAUGCUCGACAGGUCUAUGGCCUUAACUUUGGCAGCAAGGAGGACGCCAAUGUAUUUGCCAGUGCCAUGAUGCAUGCCCUGGAGGUGCUGAACUCCCAGGAGACAGGUUCAACAUUGCCCAGGCAGUCACCAAAUGUUCAGAAUGGCCCCGCACCAGAGGAACUUGACCAUCGAAAAAGGCAGCUCCAGGAGCUGCAGCGACAGAAAGAGGUGGAAAAAGAACGGCAGGAACGCGAAUGUCAAGAACGUGAACGUCAGGAACGAGAGCGCCUGGAGCGAGAGAUGCAAGAGCGGGAACGUCAGGAACACGAACGUCAAGAACGAGAGCGUCAGGAACGGGAGCUUCGAGAAAGGGAGGCGCAGGCCGAGAGGGAGCGGCUAGAGCGUGAACGUCAGGAGCAGCAGGAGCGCGCCGAGCGUGAGCGGAUGGAGAGGGAGAAGGUGGAGAGAGAGCGGCAGGAGAAGGAGCAGCAAGAGCAGUCGGACAGAGAGCAGCAAGACUGGGAAAGAGGGAGACGCAUCUCUAAUGCUGCAUUCGAAAGCACGCUGCACAGCCCCACCCCUCAGGAGUAUAGCAGGACAUCAUCCACACCGACAUCUCCAUCCACACUGACCUAUCCAGCUGCGGGGGCCCUUUUAUCCUCUUCCGCAACACCCCCCACACCACCUUUGAGGCACUCGGCCUCCCGUUUUGCCACCUCGCUCGGCUCUGCCUUCCACCCGGUCCUUCCCCACUACGCCACCGUCCCAAGGAGACAGCAGGCGUUUGCCCAAGCACCACCCCCGGCUCCCGCCCCAGUCCCUAACCCUGCCAACGCGCCCAAGUCUGUGGUGUGUUCAGCGUACAACUUCACUCCCUUACCGCCGUCACCCCCGGUCAUGAUAAGCAGUCCGCCGGGGAAGGCCGCUGGCCCACGGCCGCUCCUCCCCAUCGCGGCCCCAUCCCCGCUCACCCAGAAGCCUCCUUCACCAUCUCCCAAUGGCCCGCCUAUGUUUCCCGCACCUUCCCCGGUCACCAUUUUACCACACAGCCAGCCUAUGGGCAUCGCCUGCCCGACCCCUCCGCUUCCGCCCACCCCGCCACCAUUCGCCUCUCUAGCAGCAGCCCAUUCUUCUUCGUGCGUCUCGUCUCCCCCCUCCUCAUCCCAUGCUCCUGGUUUGCCCUCUCCCUCCACAGCGCCCUCUGCUGCUGCAGUAGCUUCCGCUGAGCAUCUCACUCUCCCUCUGGGCUUGGGCCUACCGGGGCCAGGGGAUUCAGACGCAAGCCAAGAAACUCAUCAACCGCAUUCAGGGUUCUCAGAUCAGCCCCAGGACAUUGUGCAGCCUGUGGGGUUGACCACACCAACCCCUCCCCCACCUCCACCCUUGCCACCCGGCUCUACUGUGACAUCUGUGGCCGCCACCCCGGCCGCUACCCCAACCACACCGUCCGGACACCCACCCCCACCGCCGCCUCCUCCUCUGCCUCCUACAUUGACCCCGGCUGUGACCCCUUCUUCCCCGCCCGGACCUCCUCCUCCUCCUCCCGGGGGCUUAACACCGCCCCCGGCUCCUCCUCUUCCCCCUGGUCUCUUCUCUCCUGCGGAUGAGCGCCCUGUCUCAGGCCUGGCUGCCGCCAUCGCAGGAGCUAAACUUCGCAAAGUGUCAAGGAGUGAUGAUGCAGGGGCAGCUCUGGCAGCAGCCUUGUUGGGAACUGCGGGGGCCAAAUCGGAGUCCAGAGGCAAUGGCCCUCUACCUGGAGGAGGUGGGCUCAUGGAGGAGAUGAGCGCCUUAUUGGCUAGAAGAAGAAGAAUUGCUGAGAAGGGGUCUUCACCCGAACCCGACCAGAAAUCGGAGGAGAACGAAAUAACAACGACCCCUAAAGUGUCCGCAUGUAGCACGCCAGACAUGCCCAGAAAGCCAUGGGAAAGAACAAACAAUACUAUGAAUGGUAGCAAGUCACCAGUUAUUGGAAGACGAGAUUCUCCGUGGAGAAAUCCCAUGGCAGCAGACUCCGCCAACAGACCUAAAUCUACUCCAACACCUACCGCAUCCUUAAGUGCCAACGGAGUGCCAACAGAAACUGUUGACUAUGACAGAUUGAAACAGGACAUUAUGGAUGAGAUGAGGAAAGAGCUGUCGAAGCUAAAAGAAGAACUCAUUGAUGCAAUCAGGGAGGAACUGGGCAGGUCCAGUACAGCAUAGGUGAUCCAUAUUCCCACUUCUACAAAUCCAAUUCUACAUAAACCCAACUCGGGUCACUCUAAGACUACAGUAGACAGUACGACCGCCCAGAACAAGAUAUCCACCUAGUAGCGGCAAUGACAAUGAAGAAAGCAACCAUGAAUACCUGAGAGAGUUCCUGAGGCAGAGCAGCAUCAUCGUGAGUGAUGUUUAACUUUCAUAGAUGGAACUCCUCCUUCUCCUCACACUUUCCUCAACCCUCCCGCUGAGGGCAUCGCACCCUGGAGGACUCAGAAGUCUGAAAGAAAAGCGCAUGUCUUUAUGCAAAAAAAAAAAAAAAAAGCGUCGAUUUUCAUCCUUAAAUGAGGAAAUGUACGGGGAAAAAAAAAAUGAACUUUUCAAAGAUACUGUAAAGUUCAUUUGGUGCGGAAGUGAAUCAGAAAUCAUUCUGGUGAUUUUUCUAUCAAAAGGCAUGUUUUACGACGACACAGGAAAAAAGUAGGGAUGGAAAAUCUCCCUCUCACCCCAUAAUGCCAUAGCAGUAGCGUGCGUGCGAGUAAACGAACAAGUGCGAAUGAAUGCGAAUGGGGCGAUCCGCCACUGCUGGACGCCGUCAAGCUCGUCUUCCUCAAAUGGCUAUUUGAACCUAAAUAUGUACAAAAGAGAGAAGAAAUGAUUUAGAAAACCAUGUAUCUGUUUCGAGCCUAUUGAUCAAAGGCCAUAUCAAGUAGCUUCAUGAUCAUCAUAGUCAGGUUACAUCUUUUCUUUCUGUUGCUUAGUGAGGGAAGCUGCAUGUCAGAUAGCAGCCAUGAUAGCUUUCAAGCUCGCAAAAAGUGCUAUUUUGCUAACACCCUUCAUGCUAGUCAAGCAUGGAUACUGUAGAUGGACUUUGUGUCCCUCCUCUUUGUUUUGUUUUAUAUUUUUUUUCCUUUAUAAAGUGUAAAGGGUAAUAAAAAAAAACAAAUCUGCCAAGAAAAUUCAUUCACUCCCACAAGUUAAUUACAAGCAAUAAGUGUAGCAUCUAUUGUAAAGCCCCUUCAAUUAUGUUUCUGUAUGGCUCGCUUUGGAAAGGAAAUUACUGUGUGGUUUGUUUGCUAACUGAAAAGCAUGAUUUCAUGGAUCUCUCUGUAACAUCCUGUCAUAUUGUAUCCUUUGUGUCAUAAUGAUCUGUUAUUUUUAAUUUUUUCCACAAAAUUAGAGUGCAUAAUCUUGUGUGGGGUGUCUUCAAAGAUGUCAAUGUGCCAUUCAGUCUUUUCACCUAUGCUUGCAUUAUUUUAUUUGCCUUAAAGUAAAAAAAAAAAAAAACUUCAUUUUUAUUUUCACUCCAAGCUUAUAUUUGAGGAAUUAAUGUGGGAUCCAAAGCCAUGGUCCAAAAUAGCUUAUGAAAAUGUUUAUACUAAUUUUAGUCAACAAGCAUUCAAUUGAAUUCUUACAAGUCUGUGAAAAAUAAUUUAGAGUAGAAAUUGCACAACACGGUUGCAAAACUUCCCAAGAAAUUAUUAGGCGAUGCAAUAUACAUUACGUACAGCUAAAAUAUAAAUUUGUCACACAAUGGGGAAAGAUAAAGUAAGUUUUUAUUUGUUGAAUUGGUAUCUUUUAGCUAGCUGUAGGUGACGAAAGGCUGGACAAUGUGGUGUUAAUGGAUAUUUAUAUACUCUUUUUUUUUUUUUUUACAUCCAAAAUAAUACAGUUUAUAGCCAAUUUUACUUGAGAAAAUAUUUCCUCAAAAAUGUCUGAUAACAUCAGAAAUAUGAGUAAUAAACCAACUGUAAUAUUAUCAUUUUAAUUUGGUUUUUAACAUUUGUUAUUAUUUUAGUUUAGUCUUGGAAUAAUUCGGUCUUCAUUUGGAUAUGGAAACAUGCAACAAUUUGUUCGAGGGUUUGUAGUGGAACAUUUAGAAUCAAUCAGCAUCACAGAAAUGAUCUUUUUAUCCUUCCAAAACAUACAGGUGUGAAUUCUAUUUGAAUACAUCAUCCUCAGUUUCAUUAUAAACAUAACAACCAAGAUUCUAAUGCACUUUAGUACAAAGCAAGACACACUCAAACACAACUGCAGUGUGGCUAUAUUUCACCAAAGGACUCAACAAUCAAUCAAUUAAGUCACCUUGCUUAUUUUUCAAUCAUCCUCGUCAGGAGAAUUUUAACAACAGAAUCAUAUCUUAAAUGCAUCGUAAAAAUAAAUUUUUUGGACUAGUUAAAUGAUUAAAUCUCUCUGUUGAAUCCAUGUGGUUUGUGCCUUGUUCCGAAGUUGCAUUUAAUAGCUGACUAGUAAUAAUAUUUGUCCAUUAAAUACAUAUGUUGUGUAUUUCUAUAGUGUAUAUUUUCCAUUGAGGAGAAAGUUUAAUGACCUUGGUACUGUUCCUCACGAGGAAACAUCUUUGCAACAAGAUCUGCUUAGUUGUUUCCACUAAGUUGAGGCUUUUUAUUUUUAUUUCUUACCGCUAUGAAGUACAAUCAAAUGUCGGCCUAUGAGGAUUAAGGGGAGAUCUUAAUAUUUUGUUGCCAGUCAAAUGUGUUAAAAAAAUUGCUUUUUUUUUGCCUAAUUUGGAAUUGGGAUUAGGAAUGCCUCUGUCCAUACGGUCUUGUCAGUUUGAUCAUGCAAACACUUGUUUAGUUAUAAUGUGAGGGAAAGAAAUUGUAGAGUUUGAAAGAACUUUUGAAAGCUUGAAGCCACAGCAUGUUUCAAAAGUUGUGUUUCCAGACUUUUUCUUUUAACAUCCACAUUGUGUACUAUAUUGUGUUCAUGUUAAUUAGUCUUUUCUUACAUGCUAACAUUUUGUUUUGUUUGAGCAAGUUAAAUAAAAUUGCAAUACAAGACAUGAAAGUCA